GGGUAACCUUACUUAUAUUUGUAUCCAUAUUGUUACCCAAUUCAUAUAGGAAAGAACGAAAAACGACGAUCUGCAAUCAAUCAAGGCAUCCCAAUCCAAUCCAAUCCAAUCCAAUUGAAUUCAAUGUAGUACAGCAUAACACCUUCAUCACACAACGUCGAAUGAAACAUUCCUUAUCUCUUUCGAAGUUAAAACGCAUACAUACAUGGUGAUAUAAACCACCCUCACUUCCACCUUUCCACUGGCGGUCUCUUAUUCUGCCAAGUAGGAUAGGAUAAAUAGAAUAUAAUGCAUCCUCUCGCUUUCUUCGUUGUAGGAUAUCUCAUACUUUUUAUAACUGCCAAUUUGCAUUCUCUCUACGAUACAUGGACCUCUUCAACCCUCUACUGCGUCCGCGAGCCAUAUACCAUCACCACCCUUUCUCCUGACACUCCUAAUCCGAAAUGUUUCCGUGUCAGGAUCGAUGCAGUAACUGAACUUCUGGAAAGAGUGCCAAAGGCAGAUGAGGGAGAAAAAAUUGUUUGGCUGAAUGGAUAUGUGUUGCCUGGUAUUAUUGAAUCGCAUGGGCAUAUUUUGCAGUAUGGAGAGAUGCUCGAGAGUGUGAGUUUGUAUGAGGCGGAAAGCGUGGAUGAUGUGAAGAGCAGGAUUAAAGAAUGGCUGGGAAGACACGAGGGAGAAGGUUAUGGAGGGAGGGAGAAGUGGAUUAGGGGAGUGGGAUGGGAUCAAGCCCAUUUUGGAGGUGUGAUGCCGACAGCUAAACAACUUGCUGAAGACCCGGAACUGAAGGAUUUGUACAUUAUGCUCGAUAGAGUUGAUAUACAUUGUGUGUGGACUUCAGAAAAGGUCCUCUCUCUUCUUCCGGAUCCUCUACCUGAAUCGCCUCCAGGUGGAGAAAUCAUUACGAAUCCUGGACCUGGUGUUUUUUGCGAUAAUGCAAUGGAUAACUACAUCUAUCCUCUCGCGCCUAAGCCAGAUGCAUCCCAGAAAGUACGCUGGCUUAAAACCGCAAUGGAGGAGUUAAAUAAGGUAGGUAUUACGGCUAUGAGUGACGCUGGUAUGCGAAUGGAAGAUGUGAAAAUAUUGCAAGACUUGGCUAGGAGAGACGAAUUGACUGUUAGAAUUCGUGUGAUGGCUGAGUGUGAUGAGAGAAAUACUUUUUGUCAUCAAGAGUUGCGAACGGUGAAAGUGAUAAGAGAUGGAUCUGGUGGAGGUGAUAUGCUAUUGUUUGGAGGGAUAAAACUCUUUGCGGAUGGAGCUUUAGGCUCUUGGGGCGCGGCAUUGUUGGAACCAUAUUCGGAUAAACCUGAGACUAGUGGAAUGAUGUUGAUCAACGAGACUGAAUUAACGGAAGUUGUUAAGAAGUUUUACGAGUGGGAUUACCAAAUCAAUAUUCAUGCUAUUGGCGAUCGAGCCAAUAGAGCUGCUAUCAAUGCAUUCGAAGCAGUUCUAGGAUCUGAUUGCUAUGGAUGCAAUGAAGGAAAGAGGCUAAGAAUUGAGCACGCUCAAAUUAUACAUCCCGAUGACCAAAUACGCAUUGCAAACAUGGGUAUUCUUCCCAGUAUUCAGCCAACACAUGCUACAUCUGACAUGGCCUAUGCAUCAUCACGUCUCGGUGAAGAACGACUUUCUAAUUCUGCUUAUCGCAUGCGUUCGUUUUUCUCUCCUGUUCAUAACAAUACAUCAACAUAUCCUGGGCCAGUCCUUGGUUCUGAUUUCCCGGUUGAACCACCGAAUCCUUUUCAUGGUAUCUAUGCCGCAGUAACUCGUCUCAAUCCUAAGACUGGAACUUCACCCUCAGGAAAAGAAGGUUGGUAUCCGGAAGAAAGUCUUAGUAUUGAACAGGCAAUUCAUGGUUUCACGCGUAAUGCAGCUUGGGGUUGGAAUUUGGAAAAUAAAACGGGAGCCCUUGAGAUCGGGAAGUGGGCUGAUUGGAUUGUGGUUGAUAGGGAUGUGAUGGGGAUGGAGGGACAAGGGGUGGAGGAACUGAGAAAUUUGAAGGUAUUAGGGACGUGGGUCAAGGGGGAGAAUGUGUGGGCAAUGGAGGAGGAAAGAGUUAUGGAGCUUGAUCAGCUUUAUCAGAAGGGUGAUAGGUUUUGGAUUGGUCUGGCAAGUUUGGGAAGGAGCUUGACGAGAGCGAUUCAGGGGAUGACGUUUUGGGGGAGAAAUUUGGAACUUUGAAAAAGAGGUUGAAAGGAGGUGGGAUGCAUGGGAUAAGAUGUCAUGGAUGAGGAGCGUGUAUAGGCUUAAGAAGAAUUGUGUCGAUAAGGAGAAAGGGGGGAGAAAAGACAAAAAUAACCAGGAAAAAACAGAGCCGUCCGAAAGGUGAAUAGAUAGCAUUAGAAAUCCGUCCUUGAAGAUCAAUAACCUAGAUAGAAUACAUACACACCUGAUGAAACACAUUUUGACA